GAAGUGAGCACAAAGAAGAGUAAGGAGGAAGAAAAGAAAUUGCUCAUAUAGGAACACGGAGUUUUCACGCAUAGCUCCAAUCGGUCAAACUUUUCUUAUUCCCGAAGCAAAAAAUCUCUAGUUUUUUUCUUAUCCUUCCCUAUUCCCUUUAUAUACAGGCGUCACUUCCACAGCUUGCUCGAACAAUUUUCUGUCUGCUUCCAAUCUCUACAUCUCUCAUCCCGUUCCAGCAAUUUGCUAACAUGGCUACCGCCGAUUCUCAUGAUAUUGCCUCUCUCCUCUCCUCUUCUGAGAGAGAUUACCUUAUUCGAAACAAUGAUGUUCAGGUCAAGAUUGACAGCUUGAAGGGAAAGAAGCUGGCAUUAUAUUUUUCAGCAUCAUGGUGUGGCCCAUGUCAGCGAUUCACCCCAACCUUGGUGGAAGCUUACAAUGAACUUGCUCCAAAAGGUGACUUUGAGGUUGUUUUUAUCUCAGCUGAUGAAGAUGAUGAAUCCUUCAAACAGUAUUUCUCGAAGAUGCCAUGGCUUGCAAUUCCUUUCUCUGAUUCAGAGACACGUGAUCGCUUGGAUGAGCUAUUCAAGGUGCAGGGAAUACCUCACCUUGUGAUCCUUGAUGAAAAUGGGAAAGUUUCUUGUGAAAGUGGUGUUGAGAUCAUUCGGGAGUAUGGAGUUGAAGGUUAUCCUUUUACACCAGAAAAAAUCAAAGAAUUAAAAGAGCAAGAAGAAGCAGCCAGGAGGAAUCAAUCUUUGAGAUCUAUCUUGGUUUCCCAUUCUCGUGACUAUGUAAUUUCAUCUGACGGGAAGAAGAUACUUGUCUCUGAACUUGAAGGGAAGACAGUGGGCCUUUACUUCUCACUGUCUUCAUUCAAGCGCUGUGACGAAUUUACUCCAAAGCUUGCUGAAGUUUAUGAUAAAUUGAAAGAGAAGGGAGAGAAAUUUGAGGUUGUGUUCAUUUCACUUGAUGAUGAAGAAGAAGCUUUCCAGCAAUCCUUACAAAACAUGCCAUGGCUAGCAUUGCCUUUCAAGGACAAGUGCUGUGAGAAGUUGGUCCGGUAUUUUGAACUCUCAACAGUGCCCACUCUGGUUGUUAUUGGACCAGAUGGAAAAACUCUCCAUUCCAAUAUUGCUGAAGCCAUUGAAGAGCAUGGACUUGAGGCAUAUCCUUUCACCCCUGAAAAGUUUGCGGAACUUGCAGAGAUAGAGAAAGCUAGAGAAGCUUCACAAACCCUGGAAUCAGUUUUGGUUUCAGGGGAUCGCAAUUUUGUCAUUAGGAAAGAUGGAGCAAAGAUUCCGGUGUCUGAUCUGGUUGGAAAGAACAUUCUCCUUUAUUUCUCAGCACAAUGGUGCCCGCCAUGCAGAGCCUUUUUACCUAAGCUCAUUGAAGCAUACCAUAAGAUUAAAGCGAAAGAUGAUGCGUUUGAAGUGAUUUUCAUAUCUAGCGACAGUGACCAAGAGUCUUUUGAUGAAUUCUUUGCGGAGAUGCCAUGGUUGGCCCUUCCCUUUGGAGAUGAGAGGAAGGCAUCUUUAAGCCGCAAAUUCAAAGUUCAAGGCAUUCCUAUGCUUGUAGCUCUUGGACCAUCUGGUCAAACCAUCACAAAAGAAGCCAGAAUGCUUGUUAUGCUUCAUGGUGCUGAUGCUUAUCCCUUCACUGACGAGCAUUUGAAGGGGAUGGAAGCAAAAUUUGAGGAGAUGGCAAAGGGGUUACCUGAGAAGAUUAAGCAUGCACUUCAUGAGGAACAUGAACUGGUGCUCGCGCGUCGAAUGGUUUAUAACUGUGAUGGCUGUGGUGAUGAAGGAAAUAUCUGGUCAUAUUACUGUCAAGAGUGCGACUUUGAUCUUCAUCCAAAAUGUGCAGUGAAAGAAGGUGAGGAAACUAAAGAUGAGCAGAAGGAUGAACCAAAACCUGGAGAAGGAUGGGUCUGUGAUGGAGAGGUCUGUUACAAAGCUUGAGAAAUAAGUUUUUAUGUCUUCUAGCUGAGGUCAAUAAUAUAUAGAUGCUUGUGUGUACGUCAUUUUGUUUUCCUUUUCUCUUGAGAUGAAUUGUAUGCAUUACAUUAUUGUCAAUGGAGUCAUUUGCAUUGAAAGUUCCUGCA